AUGAGCUACAUGCUCAUCUACAUCCCCCUGCUCUUCCCCGUCGCCUGGCUGCUGGACAAGAAGGGCCUGCGCCUCAUCGCCCUGGCCGGCUCGGCCCUCAAUGCCCUGGGUGCCUGGGUGAAGCUGGGCAGCCUGAAGCCGCACCUCUUCCCCGUCACUGUCCUGGGACAGGUCAUCUGUGGCCUGGCCCAGGUCUUCAUCCUGGGCAUGCCCUCACGCAUCGCCUCGGUCUGGUUCGGCUCCCAGGAGGUCUCCACCGCCUGCUCCAUUGCGGUCUUUGGGAACCAGCUUGGCAUUGCUGCAGGCUUUCUGGUCCCUCCAGUUCUGAUCCCUAAUGUGGAGGAUGUGGAGAAGCUGGCCUACCACAUCAGCAUCAUGUUCUUCAUGACUGCAGGUGUGGCAUCAGCCCUGUUCAUCCUGGUCAUUAUAGUCUUCAAGGAGAAGCCCCCGAACCCUCCAAGCCGAGCUCAGGCCCUGAUCCAGUCCAGACCAGCUGCAGAGUAUUCCUACGUGCAGUCAAUCCUCCGCCUGCUCCGCAAUGCCAACUUUUUGCUGCUUAUGGUCACUUAUGGUCUGAAUGUAGGUUGUUUCUACGCCUUGUCCACUCUGCUGAACCGCAUGGUGAUCCAUCACUACCCAGGGGAGGAGGUGAAUGCUGGCAGGAUUGGACUCACCAUUAUACUGUCGGGGAUGGCUGGGGCUCUGAUCUCUGGCAUCUGGUUGGACAAAACCAAAACCUACAAGCAAACAACGCUAGUUGUCUAUAUCAUGUCUCUGGUGGGAAUGAUAGUCUAUACCUUCACUCUGAGCCUGGGCCACCUCUGGGUGGUCUUUGUGACUGCUGGGUUGCUGGGGUUUUUCAUGACAGGAUACCUUCCCCUGGGCUUUGAGUUUGCUGCAGAGUUGACAUACCCAGAAUCAGAAGGAACAUCAUCAGGGCUCCUUAAUGUCUCAGCACAGAUUUUUGGUAUUGCCUUCACCAUUAGCCAAGGGCAAAUCAUGGAUCGCUUUGGGACAAAGGCAGGAAACCUCUUGCUUUGUUCUGUCCUGUUCCUGGGGACCAUUAUGACAGCAUUCAUUAAGGCUGAUCUCCGAAGACAGCAGGCCAAUUUGGAAAAUGAACAGACAAGACUCCAAGGCAGCAAUCAGAUCAUGGAUUAUGGGACUGUAGCUUGUAAAUCUAACCCCAUCAAUUGCCACUCCUGCUCACUAGCUUAUACACACCAAGAUAUCAGUCUUGCCAGUGAAAAGUGUUGCCAGAAGCCUACACUAAUCCCAUAGUCCUUGAGGAAUCACGGCUGUGAAAUGAAGGGGUGGCAAAGCUGGGAGAUACAGCCCCCCUCACUCCCAUCUUUUCUACCUGCACCAUCCUCCUGUCACAUGCAUGCCAUGGGAGGGGAGCAGCCUCAGGACAGGAGCCCUGUGAACUGCUUGGGGAAAGUGUGAAAGAGCAAAACAAGAGGGGGGUUGCUUUCAUCACUUUUAGCCUUGCAUCAUGCUGUUUUGAUGUUUGGGAGGACAAGUUGGGAAAAUCUGCUGUGUCUUCCCAGUCCCACCAUGUAUGCUUGGAAAAAGCAUUUGUGCUGAGAGAAAAGCCACAGUACCAGGCUAACCUUGAGCAUGAUGGUGGCACCUUGCAUGUGGCUGUGAGGUGGAAGGCAGAAGCUGGAUCACACUUAACUCUGUGAGCAGUCCUGGAAGAGCUGGCUCUAGGGAAAAGGGGUUGCUCUGCCCUGGUUCCCAUGGUGCUCUGUGUUGCACAGGUAGUAGUAGAGGCCUCAGUACAUUACCAGCAA